AUCCUAAGGCUUAUUAAAUUGAAAAAUAAAUCUUUCUCUCUCCUGUCAGCACAAGUCUCAACGCAACGCAAGCUCUCUCUUUCCUGUCCAACACGCCACCCAUCUCGCUCAAUACAAGCUCUCUCCGCUCAAUACAAGCUCUCUCUGCGAAAAUUCCGUCUUCUUCAACCUCUCAAGUUUCAUCUGUUCUACACAAGGUAGAGAGGAGACCGAAAAGAGAGAAAAUUCGAGAUUGAGAGAGAAUGGUGAGCGUUCUGUUCAAGCCGAGAGAGAGAGACUGAAGAACGGUGGUUGAGCCACCGUCGUCGUGGAGUGGGCAGCGCGUGGGCAAAGCUGAACCAGUCCUUUUCCGGCGAGCGUAGUGUCCAGCUCAGAAAGCUACUUGCACUCAUGGACUCACAAGAGGGGUUGCAAGAGUUCAAUGAAACUCCUUCCCAAAGCUUCACCAUGCUCUUACAAGAGGGGCGUCAAUACAACAAUGAAAAUCCACCCCAACCUAAAAAGAAGUCUACUACUAAAAAAACAAACUUCUCAAUAGAAGAAGACGUUUUACUAGUAAAGGCUUGGCUCAAUACUGGCCUUGAUCCAAUUCAAGGGAAUUCUCAAAAAAGCACCAAAUUUUGGGAUAGGAUUUUGGAGAACUAUAAUGAGAACAAGAAAGAAACCACUGUAGAACGGACUGCACAUUCUUUAUCAAAUCGAUGGUCUUUCAUCCAAAAAGUCAUCAACAAAUUCUGUGGGUACUUAGAACAAGUUGAACAUAGGAAUCAAAGUGGUAUUGGUGAGCAAGAUAAGAUCAAUAUGGCAAAGGCUAUGUACCAGGAGUUGAAUAACAAUGCCAUAUUUCAAUUUGAACAUUUGUGGAAUAUGUUGAAGACAGUACCGAAAUGGAAGAAAUAUAUGUUGACUCAAUCAGAUUUGAAAAGGAAAUGCCUUGAUACAAGUACUUCUUAUCCGCUAGAUGUUAUACAUUUAGGGGAAGAUAACAAUGAUCAAGAUGUACAUGUAGCCUUGGAGAGACCUAUAGGCAAGAAGGCUGCGAAAGAGAGAGAGAGAAAAAGAAAGAGCAACAAUUGUGGAGAGAAAGAGAUUGUGAUGGAGGUUUUGAGUGGAUUAGCGGAAGCGAAGAAGAGAUUACAUGAGGAGAGAAAGAAAGAGAUCGAUACGACAAAGGAGGAGAUCAUUCGUAUUGAGAAACAAAAGCUUGAGCAUUUGGAAGUCCAGGUGAAAGAUGGGUCUAUAUACUCUGGAAUAUUUCAUGCAACAAACACUACUGAAAAAGAUUUUGGAAUCAUCUUGAAAAUGGCGCGCUUGACAAAGGAUGGUUCUGUACGAGGGCAGAAGGCUACUGCAGAGUCUGUUAGCAAGGCUCCUUCAAAGACUUUUAUCAUACCUGGCAAAGAGCUUGUACAAGUUGUUGCAAAGGGGGUGUCUGUAACUAGGGAUGAGUUAUCACAUGAAGUCCAACAUGAAAAGCAGCAGGAGCUUAUGCUGGACUCCUCCAUAUCACAAUCUCGAUAUGUUGAGAUGGAGAGAGAACUAGAACCCUGGGUCCCUGGUGAAGAUGAUCCUCAAUUUCCUGAACUGGAUAAUAUAUUUGAUGACCCUUGGCAUAGGUUGUUAUAAUAACUAUUUCUUUCCCCAAAUAUC